CGUGUUGUUAGCUGUUAGCCUGCGUGCUAACCGUGAGAGCUAAAGUUGACUUUCACUUUCUGAAGCUGGGAUUCUGUCAGCGGGAUGAACCGGGCUUCCAGGAAAACGAAACUGGACGCUGUCACCGCUGACGCUAACUCAUUUUAGUUCGUAGAUGUCGUUAUGUAACUCUUUUUGGUGGCGAUAUUGACAACUUUUAGCGCAAAGUUUCGCCCCGCUUGACGUCCAAAACACGCAGGUAUCUUUAGCGGCUAGCACCCUGCUAGCAUGGACGGCGGCGGAAGCAUGCAGAGUAUUGACGAGAGGGGUGCCGAGAAAUUAAUGGAUGACUACUUGAAAUCGAUCGGUUUGCAUCGGAAGAAGAUAGCCAAAGACGGGUCCUGUUUGUUUCGGGCUGUCGCCGAGCAGGUGCUGCAUUGCCAAAGCCUUCAUACUAAAGUCAGGGCGAAGUGUGUGGAGUUUCUGAAGCAGAACAGAGACACCUAUGAGGCGUUUAUUGAAGGUGACUUUGAGGAUUACCUGUGCAAGCUUCAGGAUCCACAGCAAUGGGUGGGAGAGGUGGAGAUCAACGCGCUGGCCGCCAUGUACAAGAGGGAUUUUCUGAUCUUCCAGGAGCCCGGCAAGCCAGCCGUCAACAUCACAGGCAACAACUUCAAGGACAAGGUGCAGCUGUGCUUCCUGAACGGGAAUCACUAUGACAGUGUUUAUCCCAUCAGCUGGAUCAAGAACACCGCACUCUGCCAGUCCGUCCUGUACGAGCUGCUGUACGAAGGCGUGUUUAAGGUGGACCGCAGCUAUUUGGGUUCCUGUCAGCGCAUCGGCCGACCCGCCGACCUCCUGAGCGACGACUGCAUGCCCGCCUGCCCCAGCAGCGACGACUCCGACCUGGAUGUAGACGAGGCGCUGUGGGUGGAAAAUGGAACCAGCCCUACCUCCACGAAGCACAACCAAAGCUACAGGGGCCGUGGGCGUCGGCUGCCUCAGAGGGUGAGGCGAUCUUUGAACCCGACAUUGCUCAGAAAUGUGGAGUACGAUGUCUGGCACAAGCUGCCAGAGACUAGCACACGGCCACACGUUUUAUUUUCUUUUUUUCUUUUAGCCCAACAGAAGCUGGAUUACUGCAUCGCUGCUGGGAUGCAGUUCACUGUAGGAGACCGCUGCCAGGUUCGUCUCGAGGGAACCAAUCGGCUCUACAGCGCCGUCAUCAAGGAGGUGCCGGCCAAUAACCAGCCAGUGACCGUUUACAUAGAAGAUCUGGGCAGGAAGCAGGUGGUGCCUUUGUGGAGUGUCCGCCCUCCCAGUGAUGACAGCGGGUGGAGCAAGGUGGGCAACCGUGACAAGAGGCUCAGCAACGGGCACGGAGGAGAGUGGGAGGAGCGGGGGAGAGGCCGAGGAAGGGGGAAGUCCGUCGGGCCAUCGUCGUCCUCUGGUUCUCAGGCAGCGGCGCCGGGCUCAGGGGGCCGCACGCUGAAGCAGCACUCCUGGCCCCCGCAGGCCAAUGUAGAGGAGCAGGGCGGGGCCAAAACCAGCAGGAAGUCCGUGGGUGCGGCGGAGGUGGCGUUCGGCCUGACAGAGGAGCAGCGAUUGGCCAAAGAGGAGGAGGAGAGGAACGUGGCGUUGGUGGAGAUCCAGCUCAGAGACGAGCACAGCUUCCCCGCACUGGGCUCUCAGCCGGGGAUGCAGGGAGAGGGAGGGAAGAGGAAAGGAGAGAAGAAGCGAUCUCAGAGGAACAAGACGAAGAGCCCCGUUGAAGAUGUCAGAGCUCCGUCUCCUUCUGCCGGGGACAAACCCACACCCUCCACCCCACCUCUUACAGCAACCUCUACAACCACUACACCUGACACCAUGACCAGCCCCGCCCUUCCUGCUGCUAAACCUUCUGACUCCACCCCCUCGGGGCUGAAUUUUGUCAAGGCCUUGAUGCCAAAUGCGAGCCCCUCUGUCAGUUUGCCACUCACUUCUGUAGCUCCGGCUGCUAAAACAAACACACCUUCCUACGCCUCAGCCACUGCUGCGCCGGGCUCUCCUCCUCCUCCUGCUGCUCCUCCUGCUGCUAAACCUUCUCCAAAAGGCGAAGCACCGCUGCCUCCCUCUGUCCCAUCAUCUGCCUUCUCCUACAGCACCCCCGUUCUCCCCGCAGCUUCACCCACCUCCUCCUCAUCCUCUAAACUCCCCCCUGCAUCUGUUCAUCUUCCUAAGCCAACCACCUCUCCUCCUCCUUCCUCCUCAGUUCCUCCUCCCACUUUCAUCACUCCCAUUGCUUCCCCACCCACAGCUGCACCAGGCUUCCCCGCUACCCGCUCCUCUCCACCUAUCACUUCUCUCCUCCGCUCCCAGACUCCACCCUCCUCCUCCUUAAUUCAUCCUUCAGCUGAAGUCCGGGAGGCUCCACCUGCUCCACCUCCAACCACAAAUUCUUUACCAAAUACUGGAGGCCCUCUGAUGGCAUCUCAGGCUUUCCAAAGUGAAAUUCCUCCACCUGAGGUCCAGACCCAGGUCUCUGUGCCCUCAGCUGAGGAACAAGCAGAGUCUUCUUUACCCCAAAUCCAGACUGAAAGUCAGGCUUCUCUACCACAAAUCAUGGGCCCACCCAUGAUGCUGAGCGAGCCCCAGGAUCAGCCGCAGUCUGGCACAGAGGCGCCUGUCCUGCCUCAGACUGACCUCCAGCCCCACAUUCAGACCUCUUAUCCCACUCCUGUGGCUUCCUACCCCCAGGCCUCCCUUCCCCACCCCCCCGUCCAGGCUCCUCACCCUUCCCAGGUCCCACAUCCCUCCCUUUCUCUCUCUGCCUCCACCAUUGUUCCCCAGACCCAAACCGAAGCCCCACCACAACAGCACCAGUCUGCACCCGAAUCUCAAGCUCCACCUGCCUCCGAGAAGCUAUCCCCACCUCAACCCCCUCAUUCUGCUCCUCCUCAGCCCCUCCCCGGACCCGUCCCCUUGCAGCAGAUGUCCCAGCUCUACCAGGACCUCCUUUAUCCCGGAUUCCCCCAGGGAGAGAGAGGCGAGAUAGCUGCGACUCCAAACCUUUCUUCCAACAAGUCCGGGGACGACCUGCCCACAGACGUCAACAUCUUGAGGUUUUUCUUUAACUUGGGCGUUAAGGCCUACUCCAUGCCCAUAUACCCACCAUACCUGUACCUCGUCCCCCUGCAGCAGGCCCAUGCCAUGCAGCCCAAGCCAUCUUCCCGUUCCCCGUCCCCACAGUGCCUUCCCUCUAACACCCCCAGCAACACCCCCAGCAACACCCCCACCAACCCGCAGGAGGGCUAUCCGCCUCACCAGUACCCUCCCACUGUAGCACCGGUGCCCUCUCAAUAUGACAACCAGGCUGCGCUCGAUGAGCCCCCCGGUCCGGCUGAACCCUCCUUCAACCAGGCCAGGUACCCCAUCACCCAGCCACAACCCCCCAGGAUGCCAUGGCAACAGAUGCCUGCACGAAACCCAAGCUACUCAGUUGGGUAUCUUUCCCCACCUCCACCGUACUCGGGUCCCCUGCCUUCAUCUCAGGGUUACCACCCAAAUCAGGGCGCGGGGGUCCCGGUGUACCCCACAGCCAUGGGUCCGUACAGCCCCUCCUCUCUGGCAUACCAAACUGCAUCCACCCACCAGGAGCUCCAGGUGAGCCAGGGGGCGAUGCAGCAGCACCAGCUUCAGGCAAUCAACGGGGACACGAUGCCUGGCCACGGGAACAUCCACAUCUCCAGUCCUCUGGAGAGCGCCGCUGCGUCUAACAUUCCCACUACCAACAGUAACCGAUCAGUGAUGGUCCCAUCCAAUUAUAGCUUCAAGAGAGAUCCGGGGGAGAGUUUGCCACGAGCAGUGCUCCUGGUGGAUCCGCCACUUAACGACAUGCCCAUAUUAGCAUAGCAUGUUAGCACUAUUUCUUAUCACUCAGACGAAUGGAUUCAAUGAAUGUCGAGCUCAAAGUUUGUUUACGAGGAUUGUGAAUGAUUUAAAAAAGUUACCCACUGUGUUGACAUGAUGAAUGUAUGGGUUUCUUUACUGGUUGUGUUUGAGAUUUUGGGAAAUAUGUUUAUUAGCUUUCUUGCCUGAGGGGAAACGCUUUCAUGUCUGUGGCAGUUUAGCUUAGCUUAGCAUAAAGCAACGGAAAAUCAGCGAAGACUUUGUUUUUUUUAAUGUAGCAAAAUGCUACUCAAUCUAAUGACACUGGCAUAGAACAAUACUCAUUUCAUAAAGAUAUAUAGUAAAAAAGGCAUAAAUUACCAUUGCUAUAUAAAUACAUUUUAGUAACUCUCUUAAAACCAUACUCUCCCCUCUAUUUCUAUUAUCACAGUUUAAUGCUAGCAGCGGGAAAUCAGUUAUGACUGUAAAGUAUAAUUUUCUAUGAUCUAUAAAAAAAAAAACUUGCAUAAAACCAUACUCUCACUUGUACAUAUAGUUAUUUAGCACAACUUAGCAAAGCUUGUUAGCUAGCUUAGCAAAAAAAACCUUGAGGUAUAAAGUAGCAUUUUCCUAUUUCCUAUAUAAAUCAAUCUUUUAGUAACUCUCUUAAAACCAUAUGUUUUGUUUUUUUU